AUAGCCAACUUUGCACCCCUGCUAUACGUACUGCUAACGCGCAUCUGUCGUGCCUUCAAUCGUCGCGCUAGUGGCUACUGGAUGCAGCUGAUACAACCGCCUGAACGACUGGCAAACUAUCUCAUACUCAUCCUCGGCUUCCUGGCUUCUGUCCUGUUAACUCAGUUUUGGAGUGUGGUAUUGGUGAUGCCGGGCCUGCCGCCAAAUGUGAACAUGGGCGACUCCUCCCCGGAGGCCAUAUACGGCCACAGUCUGGGUCUUUUUGUGCUCACCUUCAUGCUCGGUAUCAUCGACUGUAUGUCCUCGGUCACCUUCCUCGCCUACCUAGCCAACAUGCCUGCGGUCUACGCCGGCGCCCUGCUCUUCGGCGAGACCUGCAGUGGUCUUCUGCCCAGCCUCUUCGCCCUUAUCCAAGGUGCCAAUCCAGAACCCGUUUGUCACAAUGUGACUGUUAAUGGCACCCCUACAAUGGUCGCAGAGUACGCACCACCACGCUUCCCCGUCUCCACUUUCAUGGGCCUGGUCGCGGCCACUACCUUCCUCAGCCUCACCGCCUUCAGCCUGCUGGACUGCCUGCCCUGCGGCCUGGGC